UGCAUGUAAUAACAAUUUAAUCCAUACAUUGGUUAAAGUAAAGCCACAUUAGGAUUUCAUUUGAACAAGAAUCGAAAAUCAAAUACACGGUUUCUUGAGUGAUUGUUUCACACAGCGGGUAGUACUUACAAACAAAGGCGUAUUUAUAUUUAUGAGUUUAGUGGGAUUUUUUAAUUAAAAAAAAUAUGUGACUGAUUUACUUCACGGAUUAAUCUUGUCUCUUACGAUGGAUUGAAACAAAGUGAACAAGGAACGUGUAGAUUUCUACUAAUAUAUAUAGGAGUAUUGUUGUUAUGGCGAUUGUAGUUUGGAUGUAAAGAUGUCAAAAAUAAGGUAACCAGUUUCUGUAACAGUGUUGCAGUCGUGACGAAUUCUUACUGGCGGUAAGCUUAUCUUCGCCGACGACGACUGUAAACGGACCGUGAUCCGGGCAACCUAUUCGGCAGGAUGCCGUCUCUCCAGAAUGUCAGUUACAACUCGUCGCGUGUACAAAGGGCCUACAGGAUAAAUAAUAUCGAAACACUUAAACUGAACAAUAGGAUUCAAUUGCUCGAAAAGGAACGGUUACAUAAUCAGAGAUUGACCAAUCAAGAUAUUAGACUUAUUUCAUUAACGCUAGAUUAUAUACAGACAUGUAGUGGACACAGUGCUGAGGGGCUGGGUCCGGAUAAAGAAUGGGAAGAAGAAGAAGAAGAAAAGGAACAGCAUAGGGGACCAACAUUUUUAUAUGGUGAAAGAAUUGUCAGCCGGAAAAGGCGACGGAAUUUUCGCCCCCAGUCUGCCAUGGAGAAAACGAGCAGUCGUCUGGGUAGCGAAACCGCGUCUACUGUUUCAACUACAGAACUAACUAUCCGGCCACAAAGUAGUCCGAACCGCCGUAAGCCGACAUUUAUAACUCAUCUAAGAGACGACGAGUCAGUCUAUAGUUCGAGUUCAGAAUCGGCAAGAAGCGGUUUGAGUACUCCGUCAGAGAGAUUUAAGCCAGCUUGGAUGGAUGAACCAAUGCCUGACGUCACAAAAAUAUUACUCCGCGCAGCUAACAACAACACAAGACGGGAAUCAGUAUUCAACCGAACCAGGGCAGGACCGAGUGGGUCAGCCUCAAAAUCACUGCCUCGUGGUUUAAGAUUCAGUGCAUCUUCUGGUAUGCAAGGCUUGCCAUCUGGUAGAUCAGCAGACGAACAAUCUCAGUCACACGCGCCAGAACGCGGUUCGCGCAUAACUGACAUUCUUAACCGUGGUCCUAAAACAACUAUGUCAGCAAGCGCUUGGAAAGCGCAUCUGAGUCAUGCACAGACAGGACCUGUUUCUAGUUCAUCCCAAAGACAGUACAUUUUGGAAUCGAAAAAAGCAAUGAACAAUUCACGAAGCGAAAUGCUUAGAGGCAGGGUUAAAAAGUUUGUUGCAGAACCAGAGUGAAACGUCCCUUUUUUCACAAAAAUGUCACAUAUCGUUAUUUUCGUUAUUUUAACUACAGUUGGUUAUGAGCAUAUGUUCUUGUUCUUGUAGAACUUUGGACUGACUGUUUUUGCUAAGCGUGUGAUAUCUAUUAACCAGUCUUUUGCUGCAACCGUUAGUCAAAAAAAAAAAAACUGCCUGAAUAGCCGUUGCGUGAAUUCGAAUUCGAAUCCAUAUAUAUAUAAGAACGCUGAAGUGCUGUUUUGCGAUGACUUAAAAUAUGAUAGAGGCGUACCAUGUAUGUGAAAUAUAAAAACCAUCAUUGUAUAAUUUUUCUUUAAAAAGAAACUUACUAAGUGUGCCUUUUAUCCUUUUGGGUCAUGAGUCUGAUUGAUAGAAUGCCACUUAAUGCGUUGCUAGGGUCAUUAGUAGUAGUUCAUGUGACAAUUGCUGCAUUUGUUUUUAUUUCUGAAAAGGCAAAGGUACAGAACAAGCUCAACCAGACCGAGUCUGCUAAUAAAUUUUUGCCUGAUAAAACGUUUACUAGUACAAAAUAAAUGCUUGCUAUAGCCAUUUUCCAAACACGUUUAAGUCACUGAAAACCAGGCCUUUAAUCAUGUUUGUUUCCGUCAAGUGCAUUGAAGUUCUAUAAAUGAAUAUACUAGUCAAUAGAAUAAUUACUGGACAGAACUUAUA